AUGUAGGAGCAGUAUAGACCUAGUCUGUUCAUUAUAUACAUCUAUAUGAUGUAUUGUUACACCACGUAGGAGCAGUAUGGACCUACAGUAGCUUGCUAAUUAUUUAGAUUUAGUUUGACUUAAUGAAACUGCCUUAAAUAUGCUGUGGUAAACAUUUUUUAUUCGCACUAAUCAAUCAACACAUUCCUGUCUUUGUAUGUCUCAAUAUAAUGGUAUUAUUAAUUAAAUCCAUUUACAAUAAUCUUUGUCUGAAAAUAAAAUAUGAUCCUCAACUGCGUUUCCCCUCCAGUCAGCAGACGGCGAUGUGCGUCUUUCAGGUGACGCUGCCAGCGUGACGUAUAAUCUAGGGGACGGUUCUUCAUAAACAGCUCGUUAACCACCUCGGUAGCUUGCUAGCCAACAUAGCCGUAAGAUUCAAGCUAUUUAGACGCUUUCGGUGUAUAUUAACUACUGUGUUUUAGACACACUUAGGUCCUAUCUAGUUGUUAACCUAUUUAAUAAUACGUUAUUUUGUAUUAGUCAGCUACAGUAGCUGACUGGUUAAAUUAGCACUAGCCUAGUCGCUAAUGAUAGCUAGCUAGCUAACAUCCCUGAACAUGAGCUCACUAAACAUCUCCCCUCUUGUUAAAGAAGAGGCGGUCUGUUGGACGGAGGAAGAAGCUCUGGGGCAGAACAUUGUCGCGAAAGAGGAGGAGGUCACAGUAAAAAUAGAAGUAGAGGAUGAGGCUGUUACAGUGAAAGAAGAAGAGAAAGACGUUACAGUGAAAGAAGAGGAAGAAGCGUUCAGAGUGAAAGAGGAGGAGGAUGUUACAGUAAAAGAAGAGGGGGAAGUUUUUGGAGUGAAGAAGGAAGGGGAGAUUACUGUCACAUUGAAAGAUGAAGUGGAGGAGAUAGGAGAUCUGAUUAACACCAGAGAGAUACUUCACUAUCGUGGAUCCUCUGGGGAGCCUCAACAACCUCAUGAUGCUGAAGAGGCAGAGAAGAGUCUCUCCAGAUCAGAACACCUCAAUAAACACCUGCAGAGAUCCACAGGGAAGAGAACUCACAGCAGCUCUGGGAAGAGAUUCACCUCAUCAGGCAUUAAAAUUCAUCAGAGAACACACACAGGAGAUAAACCAUUUAGCUGUGUUCAAUGUGGGAAGAGUUUUGGUCAAUCUUGCCAUCUGAUUCGACACCAGACAAUACACACAGGAGAGAAGCCUUACAGCUGUGAUCAAUGUGGGAAGAGUUUUGGUCAUUCUGGCAAUCUGACUCAACACCAGAGAACACACACAGGAGAGACACCUUAUAGCUGUGGUCAAUGUGGGAAGAGUUUUGGUGCAUCUAGCACUCUGACUAUACACCAGAGAACACACACAGGAGAGAAACCUUAUAGUUGUGGUCAAUGUGGGAAGAGUUUUACUAAAUCUAGCAAUCUGACUCUACACCAGAGAACACACACAGGAGAGACACCUUAUAGUUGUGGUCAAUGUGGGAAGAGUUUUACUACAUCUAGCAAUCUGACUAUACACCAGAGAACACACACAGGAGAGAAACCUUACAGCUGUGGUCAAUGUGGGAAGAGUUUUACUACAUCUGGCCAUCUGACUCUACACCAGAGAAUACACACAGGAGAGAAACCUUAUAGCUGUGGUCAAUGUGGGAAGAGUUUUGGUGCAUCUAGCACUCUGACUAUACACCAGAGAACACACACAGGAGAGAAACCUUACAGCUGUGGUCAAUGUGGGAAGAGUUUUACUACAUCUGGCCAUCUGACUCUACACCAGAGAAUACACACAGGAGAGAAAUCUUAUAGCUGACAAGAGACAAAGAUCUCUGAUCAAAGGAGUUAUUUCGUGAUAUCAAUGAAAUGAUGUCACAAUGUAGAAUGUUUUAACAUUGUAGUAUGAGUAUUUUAAUGAUGUCACAAUGUAGAAUGUUUUAAAAUUGUAGAAGGAGUAUUUUAAUGAUGUCACAAUGUAGAACCCUAAACAUUUGUCCCCUGUUCUAUUGAUUUCAACAUGAUAUGGAUAUUAGCAUCAGGGGGAAAAUCCAGGCUCUGAAAUGAAAGAGUACUAUUUAUGUGAUUUAACAAAAAGUGACUAACACAAAAAGAGCUGUGUUACAUUUACCGUGUUGGUGACCCACUUGAAUCAAAAUGCAACACCUCAAAAUGUAGCUAGCCGUUUUCUACAAGUUGUCCUCUAACCAGGGAUGUACACAUUACUCCCAGAUUCCGUGUGGUUUUUGAGCUAUUAGUUUUAACAGGACGUGCAACCUCAUCUCCAUCCUGUCACACAGUUGAUUUCAACAUGAUAUCGAUGAGUGAUGACAAAUAAGUGUUGCGUUCCUUUGUUUAGCGACCCCUAAAUUUAAAUGCAUCACUCCAAAAUGCAGGUUGUCCUCUAACCAGUGAGGUAAAAUAUAUCUUCCAUUUCCAUGUGUUUUUUUUUAGUUCCAUGUGUUCCAAGGGGACGAGAGUUCUAGAAUCUAGUGAGUUUUAGGAAGACAAGAAUUCUAGAAGCUAGUUUUGAAAAGCUAGAAAAAUACGUUUUUUUCCUUGUUUUUAAUUGUUGGUCAGUAGACACCAUGUUUAUAUUGGUGAAGGUGAAGCAUUGUAGUUGAUUAUAAUGUGAAAUGGAAGUUGUUUUCUGUUGGUGGUGAGCAUUCUCUUAAGGGGGGAAGGUGUUACAGUCUUUGGUUUUUCAUUUAUGUUUUGAGGUUGGACUUUUCCACGUCUAGCUCGUUAGCACGUAGGGCGCACUGAUUGGUGUCACCUCGUUAGUCAGUAUGUGUUACACCUGUGCUGGCUUGUCCAUCUCGUUAGUGGGAAGGUGUUUCACCUGUGCUGGUCCAGGUUCUAUUUAAGAGUGUCUGGUCCAGUGCUCCAGUUGUCUUGAUAGAUGUGGAGAGUCAACACCUUUAGUUGCUCCACCUUUUUGGUUUGCUUCCUGUCUUUAAGUUUGGUGUGGGUUUUUUCUUUUGUUUGCGUCUUCUUGGGCAGAUUUAGUGGGUCUCAUGGUGGGUGUCUUUUAGGUCCCAGUUGUUGUUACUAGUCAACUUUCAGUGGACACUGAGAGCAAAACUGCAACAUUAUGUUAUAAUACUUUUAUUGCAUCAACUGGUUGUUUUAUGCAACAGAAUAGAGGGUUCUUAGAACUAUUGUGUCUGUGUCUUCUACUGAGGAUGGGCCUCUGGGAGAAAACACUGACAGGAGAUUUACAAUGUCUUUUGGGUGAUUAAAACCUAAAGAGACCACAUUCCAGGGCAUGAGUUACUGUUUCUGUUCUAUAUGGUACCAGGGAGAGAUGAACCCCUCCUAAAAAAAAAAUACCUUGAACUUUGCAUUGCAUCCAAUUAAUAUUUUAAUCAAUGGCAUUUCCUUAGGCUGCUCAUUAGUCUUUCAGUUGUUAGUCUUCUGUUUGUUGUGUACUAAAUAUUUCAUUUUUUUAUUUGUUUUUUCUUGUGAAGCCAUUGUGUUGCAUCCAUGUCUGAAAUGUGCUGCAUAAAUAAAGCUUGAUUUGACUUCAACAAAUG